CUGCCCUUCAACCCAUCCUUCUUGCCUUCAGUUUCCAUUAUGAAAGCAUUCUCACUCGAGUUAGGUAACAUCUGUCUGGAAUCAUGCGGUCGUGAAGGCAAGUGCAGACCUCAUAUAAGGAAUGCACCAAGUUGAAGUACUAGCACCGCCGUUGAUCACUAUCAUCCUUCAUCACUUCAGCCAUUCCUCGUUCAUCUAUUCUCUUGUGCAGCAACAUUCCACAUCCAUUUCACUUCAUUCAUCAUGGAUUCGUAUCAAGCUCAAGCUAUGGAUCCCGAAAGGUUUUCCGACGCCACCAAGCAAGUGCUCCAAGCUUACCACGAUCAACUGUGGGCCGCCUUACAACGGCCUGGACGACGCCUCUUCAUUGAGCGUGGCACUCCCAUACUUGCGCGACAGCGCUGCACCUUGCACCUUUGCCACGAAGGGCUAAUAGACGAUACAUAUGUGCUAUCUGUGUAUCCUAAUGUCUUUGAUACUGAUUCUUUAAGUACCGGGCCGGAUUAUUUCCACUUGCUCUGCUUCGAAAAUAUCGUUAGCUUUACAAGUUCUCUCUUUCUGGACCGUCUCGUGCCAUUGACCAGGACUACUGCCUCUUUUCGCGGCUUGAACACGGCGGCUAUCCGGACGGGUGUCCGUUUAUGCGAUGGCGGUGCAGAGAGGCUCAUUAUGGAGUGGCAGUAUCAGCGCAAGAGACUUGUUGACUACCACGAGGGCACACUGCUACCGAUCUUGGAUCCAGGAUGGCGCACUCUGUUGUAUCGGGCCGGCUCUGCGAAUUUCCGUCUUCCCAACAUACCCAUUUCGACCCUGAGUCCGCUUGAGCAAGACCGAGUAGCAUAUGACCUUGCCCCCUGCGAACAUACUCGCUCAGAUGAGCUCCCCGGCCAGGAAGCAACAGAUUAGAAUCUCUUUGACGAAUACAUUUGGACGGAGGACAUCAAUGGAGGACAGCAAGAGCGUCAUCAACUGUUCAAUAUUUUGCGUCAUUGGCAUAACGACGUGGUGAGAAGGCAUUUCUUCCAUUCCUUGAUUAUUUCUUCGCUGAAGGUGUUCUCUGCGCAAAGGAACUCGUCAGAAAGUUUGCGAAGCCAGCACCGAUCUUGGAUCUUCCCACGGACCCCUCAGUUAUUAACGUACCUCCAAGGCUAGCUCAUCUCUCCGCUGCUGCACGCAAGGGAAUCUACAGGCUGUCGCAGAUUCCUCUGCCUGAUCGAGUGAACCCAAGAGAUCCUGUGGUCUUCAAUGAUGUCGAAACUACUGAGGAACCGGGUACAGGAGAUAUCGAAGAGGGGUUGCCUUGAGCUUACACUUAAUUGUGAUUACGAUGGCUCACGUGUUGAAGCGGUUUCGAUGUCUAAAUUGCUGAAUGAAGUCCGCCACCCUUGUUUCGGAACUAAUAGAUCGAAGGCUUGCAGGAAAUUUGAUUGUCCACUUUUCAGUUGCUGCGCAGAGUUCUGGUGCGCACGUUCUUGAGUACUCGCAUCCUAUCGAGCGAGACAUUGUUCCGGAAAAGCCUCCCUCUAGAGGAGUUGCACAAUAAUAUUGGUUUGCCUAUAUUAUAAGACUGUUCACAUAGAC